AAGCUCUCAACGCAGCGACCACGACGGGCCGAGACAACGAGAAAGGAAGGAAAAGCAGCACUGGAUCGAGAUAGAUAGCCAAAUCUCUGGUGCAUGCGAUUUUUAGAAUCUUCCAAAGGGCUUUUGGUACCCUUUCUUGAGCCUUUUCGUUCGCCAAUAGUCUGACCUGACCAUGCCAAAUCCACGCGAUAUCGGGUUCAAACAACUGGUCCUUGACUUUUCGGCAAAACCAGGGAAGAUGCCGCCUUCCUCUGAGAACGAAAAGAAGCAAGAAAAGAAGCAAUCUCCACUUUCAUCUUCGUCUUCCCUGGUGGACAGGACGGCUGCCUCCCCAACGUCUCGCUUUUCUCCAUAUGUGUCAAGGAUACCCCCAACUAUCUCUGGAGGUGCAUUGGAGCACCGCGGACGAAAUGCUUCUCUGGGCUUGAAGAAAAGCGCGAGUGGGUCAAAAAUGGUCAUUGAUUUAACGGGCGAUGAAAAUCGGCAUACAGAUCCUCUGCUUUCUGUGCAGUACAGCAGCAACAUUCCAGGAGAGGGUGCUGGGACUCUCGUUAAUUUAACGACUGAAGGACUGACAGCUUCCGUCAUUCCAUCAAAGCCAGAUUUGGCUGCAUACAAAUAUGCACCCUCAAACGCUACAUCUAUGUCCUCCGGGUGGUCGCAAUCAACUUCAACCACCGUAGCUAGCACGACAAUGACCCGUCUUAUUGGUGCGAGCACUGCUGCCUCCUCGUCAUCGAGAUUCAAGCACCGCGAAGUAGAGCUCUCAAAGCAUUUUUUAAAGAAUACAUUGGGUCAGGAUGGUAGGACCAGAUUAAACGUGGCAUCAACAGCAAAGAGCACGAUCCAGUUGUCAGAGGAGCAGGAAAAUGUGGCGAAGCUGGUAGUUGAUGGCCAAGAGAGUAUAUUCUUUACAGGGAGUGCCGGAACGGGGAAGAGUGUACUGCUUCGAGAAUUGAUAAAACGUCUGCAGAGUAAAUACGCAAAGGAGGAAAUAGCAAUUACAGCCUCUACAGGGAUCGCUGCUUGCAACAUUGGUGGCAUUACCUUGCAUUCCUUUUCUGGUUGUGGUAUAGCAAAAGAGACGGCAGCAGUGCUCGCACAACGUGUCAUAGCCAAUAAUCGGUCCAGUACACGGUGGCGAAGCACCAAGGUUCUAAUAAUCGAUGAGGUAUCGAUGGUUGAAGGAGACUUUUUUGAUAAACUGGAAUACGUUGCCCGCUCAGUACGUCGCAGUCAGAAGCCAUUUGGAGGAGUCCAGCUUGUUAUUUGUGGGGAUUUCCUGCAACUUCCUCCAGUCUCCAAAAACGCUAGAUACGCUUUUGAAGCCACGAGCUGGGGAAACUGCGUAAAGCGAACAAUACAGCUGAACCACGUGUUUCGGCAACGGGAUUCCACCUUUGUCAAUCUCUUAAACGAGAUGCGCAUCGGAGUAGUAUCACCAGAAUCAGAAAAGGUGUUGAGGAACCUAUCCAGGGAGUUGAGAUUUGAAGACGGAUUGGAGGCAACCCAAUUGUUUGCGCUCCGCAAUCAAGUCGACCAGGCGAACGCUGCCCGCUUAGCCAACCUCCCUGGUCAAAGCAAGAUAUUCAAAGCUCAGGACCAUGCCAAAACUGAGGCGGACCGAGCAAAGUUAAAAGAUUUCAUGGCGCCCGCCGUCCUCGAACUCAAACUAGGCGCCCAAGUGAUGUUAAUCAAAAAUCUUGAUGAAAAGCUUGUCAAUGGAUCGUUGGGCCGUGUCGCCUCGUUUGAAGAGAAGACUGGAUAUCCGGUGAUUGAGUUCAUAAUCAACGGGAGCCCCAAGUACAUGGAGAUUACGAAUGAUGACUGGACGCUGGAGGUACCGGGUCAAGGUGUUGUGGCAUCUCGAAACCAGGUACCCUUAAUUUUGGCCUAUAGUAUGAGUAUACAUAAGAGUCAAGGGCAAACGCUUGAGAGGGUCAAGGUGGACUUGGGCAGAGUGUUUGAAAAUGGGCAGGCUUAUGUUGCCCUUUCGAGGGCUACCAGUUUGGAGGGAUUGCAGGUUUUGAACUACUCCCGAAAUAAAGUCAGGGUUGAUCGGAGGGUUGUAGAAUUUCAUAAAAAGUUAGGAACGGUUUAGAGGUUCAAGACCUGUCCACUUAAUAGGAAUAUUAGAGUCACUUGCUUUGUUGUUUCUCAAAUUAUUCUUAUUUAGACAUUGUCUUUGCUAGAUCAUUAUGAACAGUAACGGCAUUAUUAUUAAAUCAAUUGUAGUAUCAUAAUCAUAUUUUG